CCGCCCCUCCUCUGGCCUGGCGCUUCCUGGGCUGGGAGCUUAGGUCUGGUCCCCCUACGGUGCCACAGCGGGAGGUCUGGGUCACGAUCAGUGAGCAGCCACGUCCUGGGCGUGCGUUGACUUCUCAUGCCUCUUGUGUCCUCUCUGCAGCUGGAGCUCUCCAACACCGCCAUGCUGCAUCAGAUGAGGCGGGACCAAGUGACAGACACGUGCCGGGCCAACCGCGCCCUGAGCCGCAAGCGGCGGGUGCUGACCCCCAACGACCUGAAGCACCUGGUGGUGGACGAGGACCACGAGCUCAUCUACUGCUACGUGCCCAAGGUGGCGUGCACCAACUGGAAGCGGCUCAUGAUGGUGCUCACCGGGCGGGGCAAGUACAGCGACCCCAUGGAGAUCCCCGCCAGCGAGGCCCACGUGGCCGCCAACCUCAAGACGCUGAACCAGUACAGCAUCCCGGAGAUCAACCACCGCUUGAAAAGCUACCUGAAGUUCCUGUUUGUGCGGGAGCCCUUCGAGAGGCUGGUGUCCGCCUACCGCAACAAGUUCACGCAGAAGUACAACACCUCCUUCCACAAGCGGUACGGCACCAAGAUCAUCAAGCGCCAACGCAAGAACGCCACCCAGGAGGCCCUGCGCAAAGGCGACGACGUCAAGUUCGAGGAGUUCGUGGCCUAUCUCAUCGACCCGCACACCCAGCGGGAGGAGCCCUUCAACGAGCACUGGCAGACCGUCUACUCCCUCUGCCACCCCUGCCACAUCCACUACGACCUCGUGGGCAAGUACGAGACACUGGAAGAGGACUCCAACUACGUGCUACAGCUGGCGGGCGUGGGCAGCUACCUCAAGUUCCCCACCUACGCCAAGUCCACGAGAACUACUGACGAGAUGACCACAGAAUUCUUCCAGAACAUCAGCUCAGAGCACCAAACGCAGCUCUACGAGGUCUACAAACUUGACUUUUUAAUGUUCAAUUACUCAGUGCCAAGCUACCUGAAGUUGGAGUGACCCGGGGCGGGGAGAGGGGAGAGCAUCGGGGUUUUUUUAAUUUAAGAUUUUUAUUUGUCAAAAGAAGUCUAUGGAUCCUGGGUUAUUUUGUAAAUUAAUAUUUCUUGUGGGGGGGGGUGAUGCUGCGAGCAGCACAGUGAGAAUUAUUUAAACUCGUUCGUAGGGAGGACAGUGGUCUCCGCAGGGGGAGCAGGACAGCGCCCCCUUGUUGUAGACGUGAACACUGCAACGCUGUCGCAGAGGUUGCCUUGUGUUCUGGUGAAUUCCGUGAAUUGUGCAUUCCCUAAGUUCUAAUUAAUAUUAUUUAUAGUUAUUUAAACAUGGUCUCCGUAUAGAUUUCUUUGUGUGGCAGCAGACUCCUAACAUCUUUCCAGAAGCAGCCCAUCGCAAGCUUUGCUCGCUACAGCACAGUGGAGGGCGGGAACGUCUCACUAACCGCUCUCGGGAGUCACGCCAGCAGCCACUGUGCCGUGCACAGGUGCCAUCGUGCUGGACGUGCUUCCUGAGAUGAACAGGUUGCUGUCGCACUUAAAAAAAAAAAUAGAGGCAUCUGUGAUCUGUGCCAGGGACUCAG